AUGGCCACGGAUGAGAUUCCCCAGACUGCCGUCCCGGGCAAGACACUAGGCCCGACCUCCCGCUACGCCGCCGGUCCCGGCACGCACAUCUACAACGGCAAUGUAGUCGCCUCGCUCCUCGGUGAAGUGACGGUGACGCCCUCAGCUAAGGCGCCGACGGGACCGGUGAAGCGGCUCACACGCAUCACGGCGCCGUCCGCAGAUGAGCUGCCGACACUGUCUGUAACACCACGUCAGGCGCAGGGCAACGGCGGCAAGAAGCGUGAGGUGCUUCCAGAUGUGGGCAACGUGGUGCUGUGUCGCGUGGUGCGGCUGAUGCCGAAGCAGGCCAUCGUGACGAUUCAGCAAGUCGGUGACACGGUGCUUCAGACGGAGUGGCAGGGCGUCAUCCGUUCCCAAGACGUGAGGGCAACGGAGAAGGAUAAGGUCAAGAUUUACGAGAGCUUCAAGCCUGGCGAUGUGGUGCGGGCGCAGGUGAUUUCUUUGGGAGAUCAGGCGAACUACUAUCUCUCUACGGCAAGCAAUGAACUAGGCGUCAUCAUGGCUACUAGCGAGGCCGGCAACGACAUGGUGCCGGUCAGCUGGAAGGAGUACAAGGACCCGGAGACAGGUAUCGGAGAGCCGCGCAAGGUGGCCAAGCCGAACUGA